AAAGAGGAGGUUGAAGUGGAGGGGUGGGUCCCUAUAAGAGCAGCUGCCUCCAGCCUCCACGUAGCCAGAAACACCACACUGAGACAGAAGAAAGGAAUCAUACGCUGACAAACUGCAUUCACCCAAGGGACCUCCUAUUGGCAGCCCCAGAACAGAAGGUGGGACCAUGAAGACUGUGGUGGCUCUGCUUCUGCUCUGUCUCUGUGAUCCUGGACAGAGUGACUGCCAGGCUGACUGCUUGUCUUGCAACAACAUCCUGCCCAAACAGCUCAGUUUUAACACCAUGGUGUGUUUCAUUGAGUGCGAAAGCAGCGUUUCCCCAUCCUCCUCAUGGGACCUCUGUCGUGAAGCACUGCUGUCACCAAUCUUGUCCCCAAGUGGUUCAGUGUGGAAACGAUCUCAGGAGGAGGUGGAGGCUCUGUUUCCUGGGGAGGACGAGCAGAUGAAUGGACAUUUGUUUCUUCCUAUUGCACUACAGAGGGUUAAUCAUGUGACCCAUGGACUUGAUGCAGAGGAGAAGGAUCUGGGUGGGAAGGAAAAUCACCUCAACACUGCCUAUAAUUCCCAGAAUGCGAUGUCCCUGGAGGAUGAGUAUGCAGAGGAGGAAGGUCAGGAAGGAGGAGACCCUGAUGUGGCAGCAGGGCAGGGAGAUGCAGCGCUAAUCUCCAAAAGGUUUGGUGGCUUUGUAAAAGGGAGGCACGGCCACAGGAGACUCAUGUCUCCAGGAAGAUCCUACCAGAAGAGGUAUGGGGGCUUUGUUGGUAUUCGGAAGUCAGCCCGCAAGUGGAACAACCAAAAACGUUUCAGUGAGUUCCUGAAGCAGUAUCUGGGGAUGAGUACUCGGGCCACUGAGUUCAACAGUGUGUCAGAAGACCUCACUCAACAGAAUGAGGUCUGAAGUAUUUUCAUUGAUCUGUUUUGUAGUCCGGUCACUAACAUGUCAAUGUUUGUCUGACAUCAUCAAACCUAUUAAAUCUAAGUAACCAAAAUGAAGCCCAUAAUCGGAGACUUCUGUUGGAGUUCCUUGAUGUUCUGAGAUAUUUGAAGUGCUGAUUCUAUUUUCCCAUUCCUUGUAUUUAUGUUAUCAAACUCUCCUUUGAACACUCAUACAGUUUGAUGCUCCAGUGGAGGUUUUAGGCCCUUUGAAACUGCAUAUAACCUGGCAUGUUUCCCACCUCUUGAAACUCUUCAUUUUUCAGACUUCCCAUUCUGUUCCCUUGAUCGAAUGUACCAGUUUCAUUUGAUUGGCAUUUUACUUUUGAAGGAAGCUUUUACUUUUAAAAUCCAUAGUAGUCCUGCA